AUGUUGUUCAUCGCGUUCUUGCUUGUCCUGCAAUUUGCAUCAGCGGUCACACUCAACGACUUCACCCCACGCUUGACCGACUUGACUGGCGCCUGCAAGACCAUCUACUCUUCUGACAUCGAUGGCUGUGAUGGUGGAGACUUCCAAACUAGAGACUGCUCUUCCUCUUGCCUUUCGGCCUUGCUUGCAUUGGGAUCCUCCGUCAGAAGCUCUUGUCAAAGUCAACAGUAUGGUGCUAGCAACAUCAUCGCUGCUUUCAUGAACGGCCAGGGCAUCCAGGAUCUUUGCAACAAUGCUGCCAGCGCAACUCAAGCUAGCAGUGCUCAGAAGACCUCGGCAUCAUUCUCAAUCGGCUCCAGCACCAUGACUGUCAGCGACAUGACUCCUACCAGCACCGGCAUCAUAGUCGAUACGUCCAGCAUGAGCACUAGCUUUGUCACCGCGCUUAGUACCGCUACCAUUCGACCACUGCCCCAGUCCAGCAGCUCCGACCCUGAUGUGUUCACUGGCGUCACAUCUACCAUCACCGGAACGUCUCUCGCCUUCGCCACAAGCACGCCGUCAUCAGUACUCAUGGCCACCCAGACCACACUCUCAUCAACUACUCAGGCUGCCAAGCACUCUCAGACCGAAGAGGGCAGUGGCGGUUCUCCCUUCGACACAUCUGCAGCCCACCGAAGCAGAGCUUCUUACCUGGCACUGCUGAGCGGUGUUUUGACCUUCCUAUUUCUGUAG